AUGUCUUCUAUUCUACGGCUAUCCAUUUUAGCUAUCAUUUGCCUACAGCUUGCGAAAGCUGCUCCCAAAUCCAGCAACAAGCAACAUAACUGUCAAGAAUUUUCGAAAAACGUAACCUUCAAAGACAGUGAGGCUAUAGGCAUCUGGCACUUACUUCACGUGAGAAACGAAAAACUAAAUAGCUCCGGCGAGUCGUAUUGCGUUGAAUUUACAAAUAUCGCUGCAGAGGAAAGAAAAAAUCUAGAAGAACGCAUUGGAAAAUAUAUAGAGAACCUCAAGUGGGAUAAUCUCCUGAUGAAGAUGCAGAUUCCGUGUUCUAUCAUGAAAUCCAACCGCACCCGGGACUACUAUCUAGAAAAACUUGAAGGCGAGGGUUCUUACAGAACACUACAAAUGCCUCCACCCACGGCAAAACUAGACCUCGCAGAGUUUCACCGCUACCAGAUGCGUUUGAAACUUGUGGAAAACCAAUACCUAGCAAUGAUGGACUGCCAUGAAAAGUUCGUCUUCAUUCUAGCCAAGCAACCCCCAACUAGCAAAGACCUGGACGAACGUAUAAAGAAGAUAAUAGACGCAUACUGGCCAGAAGAAAAUUAA